GCUCACUUCUCCCAACAUUAGAGCGUCGCAGGAGGGGCGAAGCAUCCAGAAUAUUACCUCCAAACCUAGUCAGACAAGCCGCAAGUCAUCCUUUAUCUGCAUCAAUCUGAAAAUGCGAGUGUUUUUGUGUCGACUGUGACAUCUUUGCGUAGUCAUGCUUUCUCACGUCGAGGUCACUGAGACAACAGAACGGCUCUGAGAUGCUGCAGAUGCUCGCUUAAUCUUCAGCAUGCAUCUCACUGCUGUGCUUCUAAUGCAUUAAAAUAGCAACAAAGGACAGCAAAGGAUUUCUUUCUAAAAUUUAUCUUCUUUAUUAUUAUUAUUUGUUGUUGUUGUUGUUCAUCUGGUGUUGAUCCUGCAGCCAUGUCUGGUACUCAUCUUCAUCAUCUCAUCAUAGGUUUCUCUCUUGUGCUCAUCACACUUUCUAAAGUUCUUAACGGCAGUCCAACACCUUUGACCAGCGCCUCCGCCUCAUCUCAACCCAUUGUGGAUCUUUCUGUUGGUCUGGAAGAACACCAUGGUGUCAGACGUGGUGCAGAAAAUCCUGCCAUGCUGGCUUUGGUAGAAACGUCCCAGGAGAGUUCUGGAUUCUUCAGCGAGGACAGUGAAGAGAAUAAGGGUCCUCUGGCAUUGCGGAAGUGGGAUGGUCAAGCAGAGCUCAACUCCAGUCUGGAUGCAGAUUCUUUGCUAGGAUAUAAUCCAUCCUCCUCUCGUCCUUCAUCUCUCACCCUUCGCAAAGCUCCCAAGCAGCAUAAUUCCUCCUCAUCUUUCUUCCUCCCUGCAAUUAAAGCUUCAGACACUGAGCAGUGGCAGAGGGAGUCUGAGGCCAGUGGUUUUCCAGUCCAUUCUUCCUCCUCACUGUCUACCACAGCUGCCAUGCCACUUAUGCACUCCUCCAUUACAGACACACACUCCUCCAACACUGUGUCCAUGGCUGGGUUCUUUGGACCAAAUAACCCCCUGCCUGAAGCCACAGCUGCUGCUGACAGCCCUGAGGAGGACUUUGAUGAUGUAACAGAGAACAUCCUUACCCAGGCAUCUACCAUUCCAGAAAUAGGGAUGUUGCCUAGCCAAGGGCCCUUACAGCCUGAUGACUCCCACCAAGAUGACUCAGAGGAAGAGGAGGAAAAUGAGGAGAUUGUGGCAUUCCCAACUGAGGUAGAUGGACAAGAGAUAGAUGUUUGGAAGCCGCCUUCUUCAGCAGAUUCAGACACACCGAUUGUGGCCUUUACUGAGACAGCCUGGCAUGAAGCAGGUGAGGAUGAGGAGGAAUCAGAAGAGUCUGAGCUUCGUCAUGGAGGCACUGAAUAUCUCCUGCAUGGUUCUCAAGAAGAAGUGCAGGUAAUUUGUGCUGACUGGAGUGAUCUGGCAGGAAAAGGCUAUGUCAUUCUCAAUAUGUCAGAAGAUUACGAUUGUGAAAGGUUUCGUGUGGAGAGUGGUGACAGGCUGCUGGAGAUGCUGGAGAGUACAUUCUCUAGGAAGCUGAGCAGUCCUCAAGGCUCGUGGCUCAUCUCACUCAGCAAAUCAACCAAACAGGAACAUCAGCUUCUCAUGACAAUCUCCAAUGAGCAAGGUGUUGUUGCUGCUAAAGAUGUGCUGUCAAUGCUGGGAGAAGUAAGGAGAGGAUUAAAUGAGAUUGGCAUUCAGAACUUCUCCAGCGUGAGCAUGUGUCACUCCAGACCCAGCCAGACACGCAGCGAUUACGGAAAACUGUUUGUCGUGUUGGUGAUCAUUGGAUCGGUGUGCGUGAUCAUCAUUGCAUCGGGGCUCAUCUACAUCUGUUGGCAGCGUCGCCUUCCCAAAAUGAAGAGCAUGUCGCGUGGCGAGGAGCUGCAUUUUGUGGAGAACGGCUGCCAUGACAACCCCACGCUGGAUGUGACGAGCGAUGGCCAACCAGAGCAGCAGGAAAAGAAGCACAGCACCAAUGGCGUGCCAGCAGGCAGCGGAGCAUGGCAGGGCAUGCCUAACAAGUCGGGAAAAGAGGAGGAAGACAAUCAAGAGGAGGAUACCCACCUCUAAUAAGGAGGAGAACAAAGCGAAGGAGAAAAAUUUGUUAGAAAAGUAAGGGCACAGAAUACCAGAGAUUUUUUUCCAGAUACCUGCUCAAUAUUUAAAGUGAUUGUCUUUGGCUUGUACGGUCUUUCAUUUAUCUGCACCAGCGACAGCACGUUCAUGUUCAGUCAGUGUGGCGUGGGUUGAUUCUUUAACAGUGCAAGAGAAGAAAGGCAUUGGUAAAAAGUUGUAGCCGUGCUUACUGAGGAGGAUUUCGUUCCCUGGUGCAAAGCUACUAUUUAGCAUUAGCUGUAAAGAAACGUGUUGAAAACCUGCCAAAUUUCAUCUUCAGCAAUUCUUGCACUGUCAGAACUCAACAGGAUAGCAGUAUUUAGUAGGAUCUUAAUGCAUAAUAACGUAUUUCAACCGGCUAUUAUAGUACUCUACAGUACAUAUCCUCUUUUCUUUUGUAUGGAUGCAUCUAGUGCAUUUUUUGAAGCAGUACAAUAGCGCAGUGUGUUUUAUCAUGGUGAAGUUGCAGCCAACUGGCCUUGCUCUUUAAUUGCUUGUCGGAAUGGCCUCUCUACGGAUAAGAUGUUUCUCAAUGUUCCUUGUUUUCUGUGUCUUAGUCAAGGUUCUCGCCAAUGCGACCGCUCCACAAUGAGGCUUCGCACAUAUUUACUGUAAAAAUCGCACAGGGCUUACAGUCGAAACAAGCAAUCAAACGCUUAUUAUUUAAAAAUUUGUUUAAAUCUUAACGCCAAAGUGAGGGUAAAACAAACAGGACCCGUUUAAGAAUAUGGACUGAAUGCCACUGAUUUUUGCAUUUUUGCUGUUUUAAAGAAAACAACUCCACUGUUCCUCCACUUAUCAUUCAACCUAAUGUCGAACCACUAUAUCCCUAGUGUGUGUUUAAUUAACAGUUGAAAAUGCUGGCAUUUUUCCCUGUACUACGAAAAGCAAAGAAAACCAGUUUACUAGAAACACGUGUGUUUCAGAGAAGCCAGUCCACCUACAGGAAUGUUUUUAGGUGGGAGGAAACUGGAAAUCCACCUGGACAUAGUGAGAAUACUGUGUCAGCCGUUAUAAAAGGGAUUCAACAAUUGCCCCUGAGUACAGUACAAAAGAAAAAAAGUGUUGAAUUUCUUUUUGUUGUAAUUACUACAGAUGCAGUGGGUAGAUAUUAGGUUUCCAAAACUCUGUAGUGCAUUUUUAAUGAAUGCUAGAGUUUAGACGAAGGCAGGUUCUCUAUCUACACACUUCGCUUAGUAGCUUAAUUAAAAACAAGACAGUCCCCUGUGGUUUACAGUACAGUCACUUUAGCAUAUCUGAUAUUAAACUGAUGUUACACUAUAUCUCACAUAGCUGUUAAACAUGAUAAACAGUGUAAAAUAAAGCUUAGUUACAAUGUUCUGAUUAUGGAAAUGUUCAUUAAAACAUGAACUGCCUAUCUUUACCAUAAUGUGUUUUGUAUAGCCCUAUUUGCAGUUUAAUAAAAGGAUAAAUGAAAAGUUGUCUCGGCAUUGGAAAGGAGCUUUUUUUUAAAAUAAAAGCCAAGACAGGUAUUCCAUCAGGAAAUACUCUACAGGAUUUCAAUAAACCCACAUCCAAAUCAGAAACGAAAUCUGACUACGAAGUAAAAAAAUUGCAGUAGCAAGGAUAGUCAAGAGUAGAAAUGUAUGAUUAUGAGGCAGAAAUAUAUGAUUAUGUGAAUAACGAUAUGGUCUUUGGAUUGUUGCAAAUGGCGUCGAUUAAACUAUUAAACAAUUAAACAAUUAAAAAAAUUAUAAUUUAACUAUUAAAUUCAAUUAAUUAAAUAAUUAACCUAUCUUACAAAUUCUCACAUAUGGCAUAAUAAACCUUAAAGGUCCCAUAUUUAGCUAUACUUUUAGCAAGUUAAUUUUUAACAUGUUAAAUGGAGUAAAUGCAUUUUUUUAUGUCUAACCAUGCUUUUUUUUAUUCUUCUUCUAAAUGCACAGUUUUAGCAUCUAUGUAAGUGAGCUUUGGCUGAGCCACACCCCUCCAGAGUACAGCAGAGCUGAACAACAAGGGAGGGAGGGGCUAUUCUUAUAUGAGGUCACAAUAUUAUUAUUAUAUUAUAAAAUAUAUAAAGACAGGACAAAAAGCAAGGAAUGCUCUUUUGUUUGUUUAUUUGUUGACAUACUUGAGACCAAUCUAAAUGUCUAAAAAUUACAAAAUUAUGCAAAAUUAACAAAUAUCCAGCUCUAUCCAGCAAAUCCAUAAUAAAGAAGACGUUAGACAUUAGACCUUAUGGUCAAUGUAUAUUUUUAGUUUUAUACUAUUUCAAUAAAUAUUUUCAUUUAGUCCUUUUUUAAAACAUAUUUAGGGACAAAUAUAACAGAUAAAUGAUCUAUUUUGUUUAAUAUUAUUACACGUGUGACUUGUGCUGGGCAAUUUGACCUCAAAUCAAUAUAACAAUUAAUUGAACUUUUUUUCCUUUUUUCCCUUUGUAAGCACAAACACGGUUUGUACUGUAAAUAUGCUUUAUUAUUAAACCUGGGAUUUUUUUUCCCAGUGAAAGAGUUCUCCAUGUUGCUUCCAUGUCGCAGACUGGAUGGGGUGAAGUCAUGUGACUACAUGCACAUUUUUUAAGGGGAUAAUACAUAAACAGUAUUAGAAUGAAUGAUUGAAUAAAUAAAUAAAUUUCUUAGAGGUUAAUAAUUACAUUGAAUAGAAUUUCUGAAUGUUAGAUUUGAUUAAUUUCCCACCUCUAUGUGGCACUGUGGGGUAGUGGUUAGUAUUGUGGCCUUGCACCUCCGGGGAUGAGGGAUUAAAUCCCGUCUCAGUUCUGUUUGCACCUUCCCUCCGUGCUUGGUGGGUUUUCUCCGGGAUAUAUUACUGGAUAUAAAAAGCCAAUGACAGCCCAGCCCACUGUAGUUUUACUGGUGAGGAUAUGCUAAGGAUGUUUAAUGUCACCAAGGUGAAAUCUAAAAAAUAUCAACCUCAAACUAGCCAGUGUUUCACUUUGUGUCAUCACCUGGAACGACUAUUGAUGAUAGCCUAUAUGCAUCUACAGUCUGAAUUCUUCCCAAUCUGUCGAUCCACUCAUCUGCCCCGGGACAUUUUGCGUACCACAAGUAAUCUGAUGUGAAUCAAAUAUAUAAUAAUAAUAAUAAUAAUAAUAAUUUUAUCUUUGAAACAGCGGGAAGGUUUAGCUCUUAUAGUAUUAGAUAAUCCUGACGAAGUAUGAAAAAGUCAUAUAUUUUUUAAACCAUUCCAGGAAGUCAAACAAAUACAAAUACUACUGAAGACCUGGGUUUAAUGGUACUGUAUGUGAGGCAAAGAUAUUCAGACAGAAGAGUCUUUUUGGGCUACAUGAGAAAUUAGUACAUUAGUACGCAAAUAUUGUUGCACAAAUUUUUACAAAUCUAUGAAUAAUCUUUAACAUUUAUGGCAUUUAAGACCACUGUGUCCUGUGUUCAAUCAUCAUGAUUAGUUGUAAAUAUGACCGCACAAGUUCAUGUUUUAAUUACUGUUUCCAUAAGAGGUUUUCAUAUUGUAACAUCUUUAUUCGCAAGUUUUUACACAUGUGAUUUUACACUAUAAUAACUUACUGUUUUAUUUGUACUAAACCACCUACUCUAUAAUCUAUAUGACACUUGACAGUUUGUAUGUAAUGUACUGAUUUAAUGUGCAUGAUACUGUUAUAGUAAUAUAUCCAAAGCACAUAUCAGAAGUUGACAGUAUUAAUCCGAUCCAAACCGUGGUUAUUGCAAAGCUAGAUGUCUUGGAUAGUUCACUAUAUCCUUUAUUUUCUGUAUGCUAUUACUUGCAUUGUAAAAAAAAAAAAAAAAGCUGACUGAUCACAUCAACUUGAUCAAAUCGAACAGGCUGAUCUCGAUAAUCAUAGCAUAGGCAUAGUUUUUUUUGUACUCUAAAGUAAGUGUACAGCUUUGUUUGCAGCUGCACUUUCUUUUUGUUUUCAUUUUAUUGUAUAUCUCGAAUGCUUUGUAUGAAGAUUCUCUUUUCUGCUUUGUAACGGAACGUUUGUACGGACAAGCUACAAUCUCGUUGUUAUUUAAUGUAACUUUAGGUUUGACCGUUUUAAAAUGCAAGACAAUAAAUGUUCAGAGAAUCAAA